AUCGCCUUCAAUCUACUCAAAUGUCUUGUUGAAUGCGUCGAAAGUAGGGUUAUUCGUAUAGAAUCAAAAGCAAAUGUCAGUGAUUCCGAUAUUUCUCAUCGAAAUCAAACUAUUAAUCACGAUCAAGAUAAUAAUUGGUAUAUCGAACAGACGAUUAUAAAAAAAUUUGAGUGACAAUUACAGCAACUGAAUCAAGGAUUUUGAGCACUUAAUAAUAAGUGAAAAAAAAAUUAAAUGUCUGUUGGCAGAUAAGCACAAUGGCAAGUCAAUUUAGUCAAUUUGAAGGGUCAUUACAUGUACAUUUUAUGGUACCUAAUGAAUGUGCAAGUGAAGAUGAUUGUUCAGAGGAUAUGUGGGAAGCUUUCCAGAAAUGCAAGGAAAAUGAGAUUCCACCCGAGUGGAUCAAGGAAAAUGCCUGCCACGAUAUAAAGCCAGAGAAGACUGAUAUUUUUGUACUAGAAAAAUUCGAAGGAAAUGCUUUCAUAAGACUCCAGGCAACAAAAUGUUUCAGAAUACUCGGACCAAAAUGCCUGCUCCGUUGUUUCUUGACGAACGAACCGAUUCCUCUAGGUACCAGCCCGAUAUUAAAUACAGCAAUGCGAGAUAUUGUCGUCUGUAUAUCCGGUUUCACUCCUCAAGAUAAACUUGCUUACCAGAAGAAAAUUGAAUACAUGGGUGGAAUCUGUAUCAAAGACCUUCGCCAUUGUGUUACUCAUCUUAUUACAGAUUCCGUUAUGUCAGAAAAAUACGAGAAAGCAAUGGAAGACGGCAUAAAGGCAUACACAAACCACUGGGUUGCCGCUGUUUGGGAGGCGAACCUCCAAGGCUACGUACCGGCAACUGACAAGAGUUUUGACAAAUAUAAAGUCUCAGUCUUCAUGAACCUCAUCGUCACAACUACAAACCUUCCAAGAGAUAGAAGAGAGGAGGUGAAGAGAUUAUUAGAACAACACGGAGGUGGCUACAUGGGUCCACUAGAUGGUCGGAAAGUGAAACUUCUCAUUACAGACGAGUACACAACAAUGAGUGACAAAAUAAAAUUCGCCCUGGCAAACGAUAUCCCCUGUGUCACUUCGAACUGGAUUAAAAAAAGUAUUGAAGUAGGCUACGCUCUUCCCUUCAAUGAGUUUAUUAUUUCUCCGUCCACAAAGUGUUCUACCCCAGAGAAAGGAUCGCAAUCCUGCCAAGAAAAUUUCAAUAUCUCUACUAUUAGUUGCAUUCAAGCUGAUAAUCCUGUCUUCAUCAAUGAGACCAUGUCUAGCACAAUUAAUUCAACUGCUCACGUGACAGUCUCAGAUAAAUGUCCCCAAAAACCUGCAGCUUCAGUGGAUCAUAUAAGUGUAAAAGAAGCAAAGAAGGCAGGUCCUUUCUUAGACGGUUGCAAUAUUUAUGUAGCGGGUUUCUCCUCCACUCAAAAAGACAGAUUGCAUAAAAUUAUAAACAUGAGCAGUGCAACGAGGUACGAUGAAAUAUCAGAGACACUUACUCAUGUGCUCAUCGGAGAUCCUGGAAAAGCAUCUGGAGAUUUGAAGAUUAUACAGGCCAAAGGUCUACACCCUCACGUAUUGAAAAUCCAGUGGUUAGAGGAGAGUAUAAAAAUGAAAAAACCAGCGCCCGAGGAGGCAUUUGUAUUUGAUAGAAAAGAAGAAUCAAAUGCAGAGCCGCCUCCAUCUCCACUAUCCAAGAAGAAUCUUCAAAUGCUUCAGAAACCAAAACGCCCACCAGUACCAGUUUUCCAAGUGACAGUCCCUUCAGAACCGUGUGAGGAUGAGCCAGACCUCGUGCAACAAUAUCUCCAACCUCAAAAUCUGGAUCAAUCAAUGAGCAAGUUAUUUCCGAGACAGUCAGAUCCUAUCCACUCGAAAUCUCUACACAGAUCUCCAUUGAACGAUAGUAAUGUGCCUUUCAGUCAACCCUUGACAAUGGGUGCUCAAAUAUUUCAAAAAUUAACAUUUUUUGUUACUAGUUCUGCUGAAGAAGAAGAUAAUUCAUUAAAAGAAAAUAUUGCUGGUCUUGGUGGAAAUUUAGUAUCCAGAAGUUUCACUGGAAUCCCCGAUUACGCAAUUGUUCCAUUUAACGGAGUCAGUUUGAAAAUAACAGCGAAUGAAGUUGUUACCAGUUUAUUCAUUGAUGAUUGUUUGGAUCAUGAUGUAGUGGUGGACAUUCAAUAUUACCACCGACCGACCUGUAUACCUGAGGAUGUAAAACCUCUUGCUAAUUGCGUUAUUGUUGUUUCUGCGUAUACCGGAAUGGAGCGAACUUAUUUGUCUAAGUUAGCAACGAUACUGGGAGCUCGUCAUCAGGACACGUUUGCUCGAAAGACAAAUCUUGAAAAAGGCCUAUACGGUGGAACUCACUUAAUCUGCAUGUCUCCAGAGGGCAAUAAGUACAAUGCAGCUGUAAAGUGGAGACUACCAGCAGUAACUGCUGAAUGGCUCAAAGCCUGUGCUGAGAAAUUCACACUUGUUAAUGAGACGCCAUUUUUAGUAGGUGAGACAAUGGCUCCAGAGCGUGACAAUCUACCUGAGACUAGCGGUAGUAUUGUGCCUGCUGUCAUUUCUCUUUCAAAUCGAAAAAUUCUCACUCCAAAUAGACUGACCAAUCAAACACAAAAUAUGGAAACACCUAUCAUCAACAAAAGAUUGACAUUGAACAAAAAUAGUAGCGCAAAUUCACCAUUUCAUAUUGCAACACCCGAGACGCCUUACGGUCAACUAUUCCAAGAAAAUCCAUCACCUAAUAUGCGCAAAGCCUGGGCGAAGUGGAUCGAAGGACUUCCUGAGAAAGUCGAGGAGCAUCAACCAAAAAAACGAAGGCUCAGCACUCCAUUAUCAGAUCUUAAACGCCAAUUAUGGUCAGCAUUGAAGAAACCGAGGCAUUCUGGAGAUGAACAUGGUAAUAGUUUUCAAAAUGAAGACGAGGGAGAUACGAUUCAACAUGAUAAUGGUAAUGAUGAGAUAACGGAAAAUUUGCAGGCUGCUCCGAUAAAUCGAGAGCUGUCAUUUGAUGAUGACACCCCAAAGAAAUCUGAAAUUCACCAAGAGUUGGAAGAAAUGGAUAAACUGCUAAGGGCUACGUCUACGAGUUCGAAUGAAGGGAGAUUCUCGAUUCAUGGGGAAGAGCGGGAGAAGAUUAAUGAGAAUGCUCAUGGGCCAGCAACUCAGAUCGAGAGUGUUGGCUGGGAAGAUCCUCAUCCCAACACUCUUAGAAUGCCUAGGAGAACGGAUGAAAGCCCCAUCGAAGAAACGCAUGUAACUAAACGAGCAGAGCCUCAAAAACUGGCUGAAGCAAAGAAGAUAUUCAAAUUCAUGCUUUCUGGAAUAAAAGACAGGGAAAAUCAUGAAGCGUUGAUCAGGAAAUUGGGAGGAGAGGUAUCGGCGGAGUCUGUAUUUGAUGAUUCGGCGACGCAUUUAUUAUGCCUUCGCCCCUCAAGAAAUGAAAAAAUGUUGGGCAGUAUCGCUGGAGGUAAAUGGGUCUUGCAUCCUUCCUACUUGCGAGCUUGUGAAACAGCUGGGCAUUUUGUUGAUGAAGAGAAAUAUGAGUGGGGAAAUCCUCUUAAUGAGGGGUAUGUGCCGCACAUUGAGGUCGAGAAUGAGAAGACAAGUGCUGCUGCAGCGCACAGAUGGCGAUUGGCGUUGAAGAAUUCAAAGCGGAGGGCGUUUCAAGGAAUGGUCGCAAUGUUAAUAAUGAAUCAGGAUAAGUAUGAACAAUUCGAGAGACUUAUCAAGGCUGGUGGAGGGAUUGUGGUACAGGCGAAACCGCCAUAUGAUUCGAGUCCUUCUGGAAACAAAAUUACUCACUGUUUUGUUAUUAACAGAUCCGGCCAACAAAUGGAUUGGGCUAUGUUGGCCAGUAAAGGCAUUUUGUGUUUCCUUCCACAGUUUCUCAAUAUUUUACUUACCACCGAUGGAUUGGUCAAUCCACGACAGCAUGUCAUAUCAGAAUUUAAGAAAUAUUUGGCUUUAUUGCCUAAAUAAUUGUGCGAAGAUAUAUGUUUUGGAAUUGAUGACAGAUAAAAACUAUAUUUCUACCCUUGGGCUUAAUAUUUUUUUUCCCAGACAAAAUCCCCCUUUUGUCUUUUUGAAAGAUUAUUCCUAUUCUGCUAUUGACCAAUGUAUUUUGACAAUCUUCAGUGAGAUGUUAAUUUAGAGGUACAUGGAUAUGCAAUUUAGUUCGAUUUUUUGUUCCAGAUAAAAUUAGAUAUGUAUAAUUAUGUAUUCUUAUAAACUUUUCAUUGAAUUAAAAUUUACACUGAGGUUCAUAUAGAAUAAGCAAAAUUGAUUUUCCAGUGAAUGAUACCGCAAAUUUUCUACGCGGAGUUUCUCCAUUUCGUUUUAGUAGUUAGCUUCAUUUUUUAAAAUGCGG